UACUGCAGAAUCAAGAAAUGUCUGCUCUUUCCUCGGCUCUUUCAGUUGCUGUCCUUAUCCUAUUAUUAUUGGUUGCUAGUAAUGAAGGAGCAACAGGAGGAGGAGUAUGUACUGAAGGAUUCAUGGACUUGAGUCUACUAGUAGCUAAAGCAGCUACACCAGUUGGUUCACUAGCUGAUAAUACUUUAGCUGAGGACAAUGAAGGAAGAUGGAUCCUUGCCUAUGAUACAUUCAAUUGCAGUACUGCUACUGUAACAGAAGUUGUUCUUGGAGGUGAUAUCAGAUCAGAAUAUGGAAAUAGGAACAAGUAUCCUAGAAUUGAGAUAUGGCAAUUAAGGCAAAGAAGAGGCUCUUAUUUUUACCAGCUACAAAGAAUUAUUCAAAUUUCAUUAUCUCCUGAUAAUGUCACUACUAAUGGAUUAUAUCGUUACAUUCUUCCUACUCCUUUUAGUGUCAGUGGCAGUAAUUAUAAUACUUACAGACUAGGAGUGUAUCAACCUGAAGAUGAUUCAAGUGUUGUUAGAUUAUAUAGAGCAACAGCUAGCAGCACAGAAAGAGUUGGAAGGAUAAUGUCAAGCGUGAUUAAUUUUGAAAAUACAAAAAAUGUUUUUAUGAUAUAUCUCAAAACCGAUCCUCCAAACUGUUUUCAGAAUGUUUUCACUGAAACUGAAAUUAAUACAAACAGUCUAUCAGUUACUAAUGUAAUACCAGUCACUGAUACAAGAGCUUUUCCUGAUAUACAGUUCACAUGUAAUGGUAUUAUUACUAAAUGGAUAAUUGGUAUUACACAGAGUCAGGAUACAAGCAAACAUUAUCCUAACAUUUAUUUAAAACGUUCUUCUGAACUGAUUUAUGCACUAACUGUUGAUGCUUCUGCUGCUACAUCAAGUAAUGGUAAUGUAUAUAACUUUACAAGUGACAUUGAAGUAGAGUAUGGAGAUAUAUUAGUAAUCAAUGGAACCACUAAUAGUAAUCCAAUGUAUUAUCAACAAUACAAUGGACCAUUGAAUUAUGAGCUUGAUAGCAGUAAUGGAUUAAUACCAUUGGAACAUAAUGACUAUCCACUGAUAUCAGUUGCAAGCCAACUCCUUCAGUUACUAAAACUUCAUCCUCUACUGUUACUGAAGACAUUAAUACUGUUGCUACAAUGACAAUACUAUCAUCCUCC